AUGACGCAAGAAAAUGUUGACGGGUUUGACAAACGAGUCGAUUACUACCCUACGCAUUUCAAAGCCGUCUUCCAGGCCUUUACGAUGAAGCAAUCACUUCUUGAGCUGGACCCAGGAGCCGAUGCCCUACUCAUCUUGCAAUGCCCUAACUUGCAACGGGUUCAUGCAGUAAAAGAAGAUGAUGUGAUGCACGAGAAAGAAAUACCCGAGUCGAAAACAGGCACUUCAUCCCGAACUAAAGGGAAGAAGAAAAUCAAAACACCAACAAAUCUCGAUGCCAUCACAUCUCUACAGCCAUAUCAGGAAAAUGGCAAUCCCAACGAGAUUCAAUUUCGAGUAUCCACUAAGCAUCUCUGUAUUGCAUCGCCAGUGUUUAACAGGAUGAUAAAGGGCAACUUUCAAGAAUCGCAACCCAACGAUGUAGGCCUCUUGGAAAUUAGAGCCUCAGACUGGAACACUCGGGCUUUCCUGAUAUUACUUGACAUCAUACACGGUCACCACAGCCAGGUACCUAGAAAUCUAGAUCUAGAUACUGUAGCACAGAUCGGGCUUCUCGUCGAUUACUAUGACUGCCUUGAGAUUGUUCAGGUUUUCUUUGAUCACUGGCACGCGCAUCUCCACGAUUGGUGGAAAUACAGCUGGUUAUCCUUCGACAAAGGCUCAAUGAAGUCUUUUGGUGAAGCGGAGUCAAUUCUACUAUUCAUUGCUUGGACGUUUCGAAGUCCAGUUGUCUUCAGGAAUCUCACAAUUUCUGCAAUAGGCACAACCUCUGGCCUCGUUGAAACAAAUCUACCAAUACCUAAUCAAAUUUUCGAUCAGAUUGAUCAACAGCGUAUCGGACUACUCCAUGAACUCUUCUCUCGGCUGUAUACUCUGCAAGAGAACCUUUUCGUGGGACAAAUUGGUUGUUCCCUGGAAUGUUCCUGCAGACUUCUUGGAUACCUUAUGAAACAGAUGCGAGACCAGGGUCUGCCGAUGAUGAAACCAGAACAACCAUUCUUAGGAUUCAAUGUUACUUCAGUGGCUGACUUCAUCCGUGGCAUCAAGACACCUCCCUGGUACAGCAAAAAGCAGAAUCUGGACCCUUGCAAGCUGGAGAAGACUCUUCAUUUGGAUAUGGAAGGACUGGGCGAAUCGCUAGCAGGGUUGAGUUUGGAGGGGUUUAGUUUAGAGCCUGGUUCUAGCCGAGAGGCCAGUGGUAGUUUGGGCUAA